AGUGCCGUAGAGACUCGGACGCUUCCGCAAGGCAGCGGGGAAGGGGGGAUUCUGGGUAGUCGAGCCCCCGCGCAGCCAGGGGCGGGGCGGCCCCAGGCACUUCCGCUCAGGGGGCCGGCUUGCGAGGGUUCUCCAGUCGCUCUGACACCACCAGACACAGGUCUGCCUUACCAGGACUCUGUAUUCCGGGAAUCUGUACAUCUCCAGAAGUAGGAAGGAAAAAUGACCACAUUCAAGGAAGCAGUGACAUUCAAGGACGUGGCCGUGGUCUUCACAGAGGAGGAGCUGGGGCUGUUGGACUCCGCCCAGAGGAAGCUCUACCGAGAUGUGAUGCUAGAGAACUUCGGAAACCUGGUCUCUGUGGGGCAUCAGCCAUUCAAACGAGAUAUGAUUCACUUGGUAAGGGAAGAAAAGUUUUGGAUGGUGAAGUUAGCAACCCAAAGAAAAGGCAAUUCAGGAGACAAAGUCCAACAUGAAAUGGAGACUAGUCCUAAAGCAGAACCACAUGAAGAACUUUCUUGCUGGCAAAUCUGGCAACACAUUGCAAAUGACUUAACCCGAUGUCAAAACUCCAUGAUAAAGAGUUCUCAGUUGUACAAACAAUGUGAUUUACCCAGCCAGGUGGGAGCAGAACUGUCUAUAAUCCGCACAGGCCAGAAAACUUACCAGGGAAAUGGGUGUAAAGAAUUCUUCAGUGAUACCUCCAACUGUGAUCUUCAGCAGUUAAACUCUGGAAAAAAGUCUCAUACAUGUCGUGAGUGUGGGAAAUGCUUCUUUUAUAGUUCAGCACUUCGUAUUCAUCAGAGAGUUCACCUGGGAGAGAAACGGUAUAGGUGUGAUGAGUGUGGUAAAGAAUUCAGUCAGAACUCACAUCUGCAAACUCAUCAGAAAGUCCACACUAUAGGGAAGGCAUUCAAAUGUGAAGAAUGUGGGAAAGGCUUCAGCCGUAGAUCAGAACUUAGUAAUCAUUGCAGGUUACACUCGGGAGAGAAACUUUAUAAGUGUAAGGGCUGUGGGAAGGCCUUCAUUAAUGCUUGCCAUCUUCAGGACCAUCAGAGAGUCCACACCGGGGAAAAGCCAUUUAAGUGUGAUAUCUGUGGUAAGAGCUUUCGUCGUAGGUCAGCACUUAAUAGUCAUUGUGUGGUCCACACAGGAGAAAAACCAUACAAAUGUGAGGAGUGUGGGAAGUCCUAUACUUGGCGUUCACGUCUUCGUAUCCAUAAGAAAGUCCACAUGGGACAGAAACCACACAAAUGUGAAGAAUGUGGAAAGAGCUUCUUUUCUAGGACACAUCUUUAUUACCAUCGGAGGUUCCACACAGAGGAGAAACCCUAUAAUUGUAAGGAAUGUGGGAAGAGCUUCCGAUGGAUCUCACCUCUUUUGACACAUCAGCGAGUUCACAGUGGAGAAAAACCAUUCAAAUGUGAAGAGUGUGGGAAAGGAUUUGGUCAGAAAUCAUGCCUGCAAGCUCAUCAGAAAGUCCACACCAAAGAAAAACCAUACAAAUGUGAGGAGUGUGGUAAGGGCUACAAGACAAGCUUGGAUCUUGAUGUGCACCAGAGUGUUCAUAUGGGAGAGAAACCAUAUACAUGUAGGGCAUGUGGUAAGCACUUCACUAGGACCUCAAAUCUUAAGGUUCAUCAGAGAGUCCACACUGGAGAGAAACCAUACAAAUGUAAUGUAUGCAGUAAGGUCUUCAGUCAGUCUGGACAUCUAAAAUCUCAUCAGAGAGUUCACACAGGAGAGAAACCUUAUAAGUGUAAGAUAUGUGGUAAGCAGUUCAGUUCAAGUUCAUAUGUUAAAAUUCAUCACAGAACCCAUGUUGGUGAUAAAUUUCAUCCAGUCUCAUAGAAAAAAACUUUGUAUCGGUAAAGUGAAUAUAUCAGCCAUAGCUGAACACAUCCCAGUGAUCCCAGGAUCACACAAGUGGUGCAAUAAGGGCUUUAGUUAGAACCUUCACAGUUACAGUUAUCACUCAAGAAAUAAGCUGUUGAAAUAAGAAUUUCUUUAGGCACUUAUCAAACUCUAAUGGUGGAUAUUAAAAUUGAUGUCCCCUGGAAUAUAAACUCCGUAAGGGCAAGGAGUUUGCUGCUGUAUCUAUAUAAUCAACAUUGAGUAGCACUCAGUAUAUGUACUUAGUGUUUAUUUGUAAAAUGAAUCAAAGGGAAGAGAGAGAAUUAGGGAAGAUGGCAGAGUUGGAGGACCCUAAGCUUGCCCCCUCUUAUGGAUACAACUAGACAACACUUAUAUCAGCAUAAGUAACCCAGAAACCGACCUGAAGACCAACUCAUCAACUAAAGGUAGAGAUGAGGCAAUAUUAAAAGAGGUAGGAAAGGCAAAGAUGCGGUUUGAGAGUAAAACAGACUGGCAGUCAGUGGUGGGGGACAAAGCCAGUGGUGCAGAGAAGGCAAAAACCAGACUAUCACACUGGGGAGCCCACACAGGGAAGACAAAUCCCCAUGACAUCUGGCUUUGAAAGUGAUGGGCCAAAUUCCAAGAAUUCUUAAAACCAGUGGGACUUAACUGGAUUUUCAGUUUCUGUGGGCUGGGCUCUGGGAGAGCACAAUAACCAACCAGUGGAAAUAGAGGCAGGAAUCAGCAGUUUGAAAAAUGCUAGGGGCAGAUGAGAGGGAGAGUGACUUACUCAUCUCAGAGCAUGGCCUGGAGAGGCAGGGAUUAUGAGGACACCCCUCCAGGAACAAAGGAGUAGUAGGCACCAUUUCUCUCCCCAGCCCCCCAGCAUAAACAUGGCCACUUGCUGGAACCAUUGCAGCACCAACACACCUUACCUAACCUGCUUACACCAAGCCCUACCCGUCUAAUCCAGUGGAUCCCUUUCCCAGUCACACUUGCUUCAGUGCUGGCACUGUGAGCCCCUUUCCCCAGGAGACCAGAUAAAAUCCCACCAACACCUCAUCUCCUGACCUGCAUGUUUUAUGAGAGAUCAUUUCCAGAGGUGGCAGUGACAGCAGGUCUCAUUUCACAAGCAGACCAGCAUAUAUUUGGUUGUGAUCCACCCAGCUGAGGACCAAACCCUGUCCACAACAAGCAAAGAGCCUCUCCAGAUGACUAGACUGAAGGAAAAAGGCCGGGACACAACAUCAGGCACAGGCAACACACAUAGGAGACACUCUGAAACAACAGGUCCCAGAGAACAGGAGAUAACGCACUGCAUGGCACUACAGAACCCUUUCAUGAGGCUGUUACCUUCAAGAGGAAGAGACCUAGCUGACUUUAAUAAUAAAUAGAGAAAAUGAGGAGAGGGACAUAUCUCCCAAAUGAAAGAACAGGACCAAACCACAGCAAGAGACCUAAGCAAAAAUAGAUGUAAGUAAUAUACCAGAUAGAGAAUUUAAUGAUCAUAAAGAUACUCACUGGACUUGAGAAGAGUGAAGGACCUCAGUGAGACCCUUACCACUGAGGUUAUGAAGAACCAAUCAGAGAUGAAGAACACAAUAAAUUAAAAAUACAUCGAUGG